GUCGGACACGGAGGCAGAGUUGCAGCUGGUCAUGCAGCUGGCCAAGGAAGCUGGAGCUUUCGACGCUGUGAAGUGCACCCACUGGGCCGAGGGGGGGAAAGGAGCCGUGGCGCUGGCGGAAGCGGUACAGCGUGCGUCACAGGCCCCAAGUAACUUCAGAUUCUUGUAUGAUGUGGAGCUGCCAAUUCUAGAUAAGAUCAGAAUUAUCGCACGGACGAUAUACGGGGCAGACGAUGUUGAAUUGCUGCCAGAAGCGGAGCAGAAAGUGAUUCUGUACACUAAGCAGGGGUUUGGAAACUUGCCCGUCUGCAUGGCAAAAACCCACCUGUCGCUGUCCCACGACCCAGAACAAAAGGGAGUGCCCACGGGUUUCAUCCUGCCCAUCAGAGACAUCAGAGCCAGCGUGGGUGCAGGAUUCUUGUAUCCAUUAGUAGGAACGAUGAGUACAAUGCCUGGACUCCCGACUAGGCCUUGCUUCUAUGACAUCGACCUGGACCCAGUGAGUGGAGAGGUGACUGGCCUGUUUUGAAACAAACUGCCAAUCCAGAUAAUGUCCAUCUGACAAGGCGUGAACGAAUUAAUCAUUAUGGCAAGAUUGGAACUCACUGGAAACCAGAAGCGUGAACAAUUUAAUCAUGACGGCAAGACUGAAAUUCACUGGAAACUUCGAAGUCUUUUGGGAGACUAUUUUCCUGCGUAUUUUUUUUUAAAUCUGCAAUGCUGCAGUUUUAUUGAGUGAUUCACUUUUUCACUCCCAUACAGAUGAAAAU